AUGAUGCUAAUCAAGGACAGAGUGUUCGAAGUGGCAUCCGGAGGUGGGAGGACUCUAGAUUUGAGCACCGUCCCUGAUGAGCUCAUGGGCGUGAUGCCAAUGCAGUAUAUUGAUGGCAUGUCCUUAACCAGCAAACUCUACGCGCUGGGUGGAAAUACCUCUUACAACACAGCUCUGUUGUCCAGCCUUGUUUCUGGUAUUGGAUUUGACCGCCUGCAGGACGCUCCCAGUAACGCCAAGGAGGCCAUCCCCACCAACGUUUAUAAGGACCUCAAUAAAGAUCUGCUGAAGGCUGGGGCCGUUGGCAUGCCUGCCUCAUCCAAAAUCGGUCUGAUGAUGUCCGACAAGGCCUUCAGGACGGGGGUAAACAUGCUUUCCGACGCAAACUUGGCAAUGUUCCUGCAGGCGCAAGACGUCAAGAACAUACCGAUGUCCAAUAUCGUCCUGCAGCUCGAGUACAUGAAGGAUGCCUUCCCUACGCGCCAGGCGGUAGGUGGAUGGAUGCGCGCGGCGCUCAAAGACCUCUACGUGAACUACACCGCAACGGAGAUGCUGACCCAGAGUGAGGAGGAGGUCUUCCAGCUCCUCACGCCCUCCGCCAUCGAGCUCAUGCCUAUCUGCGUCGUCGCUGCCUUCGGCACGGACCGACUUCGGCGUCUUGACGACGUCAGCAAGACACUCCUCCUGGGCCGCCUCGUCGCAGCCAGAUGGCAGGUGCUGACCUACCCCUCCAUCAGCCGCAUCAACAUACAAACCAUCGUGGACGAGGGGCUUUACUCCAGGGGCCGACCGAGUGUUCUGACGCUGGCGCACGUAAACAUGUACAGGGAAAUCCUGUUAUUCUUCCCCGCGGAUCUGCUGAACUCAGUGACGGCAGAAGGAGCUCCUGCAGCUCUCGGCAUCUUUAACUCCCUGGCGGGAAGCGCCCUGAUGCCGUGUCUUGACGGAGGACGACGGGGGGCCAUCGCUAAUCUCAUCAUCAAGGUCAAUGGCGACAACCCGCAGACAUGGCGGCAAAUGUCGGGGCUGUGUUGCCUGCUGUACACGCUGCCGUCGGGGACGCUGAGCCGCAUCCCCCGCGGGGCCCUCAUGUCCUGUCGGUGCCACAUCGCCGACCGCGCCCAGUACGCCCCUGAAGACGAGGCCCGCCAGAUGGAAUGCCGAAACUACAUCGGCGACGACUACGACGGUGAGAUCUGGCAGCGCGAAAACGUGCGACGCGUGCAGGCCUGGGCGGCGCUAGACAUCCUUGACCCUUACACCAUUCCCAACUACAACCCCAACGGCCGACGAAAACGAUCAUUCAGCGACAUCGCGCUAUGUAAUCGCGCGUCGGUGAGCGGCGUGGACGAUAUCAGCAACGGCGAACUGAACAACGCAACCCCGGACACCAUCAUGCAAUGCCUUGGUGCCCUUGGGUCUCGAUACAUGGACGACUCCAAAGCCUCGAUCCUGGCGUACAAAGUACGAGAAUCACUGAGGCUACGUUCCUGGUCGAACCUCACGAAUGACCUCAUGCGUGACAUGAACUACAUCAUGAAAGGCAUUCCGGCCCACGAAAUUCGUGAUCUCCCGUUCCUCACCCCUCCUGUCUUCUUUUACGACACUGUAUCCGUCCUGGGCAACGAAAAGAUGAAAUUCUACGACGAGCAGCUUCGAGCGUAUGCAGAGAGGGUGCUCACGACAUGGCGGCCACUUAACAGCAUGGCGGACAAUCAGCUCGCCAUGUUCAACCGCCUCUUGUGUGCCACCAACGCCUCCCUCAUCAACGAGCUUAGUGCAGAAAGAGUUGGAAACGCGUUAACCUUCCUUGGGGUCACUUUGGAAGGGUGCAGUAGAGAGAAUGUGUUGGCGCCUCUUGCUGUAAAAGCUCUCAUUUACUACCCACGCCCGAUUUCCAAGGCCCAGGUGCGAGAAAUGGGCGUGGUGUUCGCAGGCAUUCAACCGGACAGGAUCAAGGAACUCGAACCGAGCUCCUUCACCGGUCUCACUCCCACGGCCUUGCGCACCAUGACCAGCGACGCAAUCCGAGCGAUGACGCCGGAUCAGAUUCGUAGUCUUUCUGGCACGACAGCGAUGAAUCUGAACAGUGGGAUAAGGGACAGCCUCUCCGCGGAGCAGAAAGCGGCUCUCAAUGAGGCCAUCACCGGGAGUGGGACCUCCAGACGAGAACUUUCGACCUCAGCUACACUCCUGACUGUGAUUCAUAUAGUCUUCAUUUGGAAGUAACAUCAACAACCACGUCCGCUACUUCGAAUGAAGCAGCGUCUCUUCAAUGUAAGAGACAAAGCCCGCAAAAACAUCAGCAGAAACCUUAUAACUCGCAACAUUUUCUUCAACGUCUACGAAGGCAAUGCUAUCAUCUUCUAGGCCACUAAUUUCGACGCUUUUGUGAUACCUUAUUCCUGUUAAUUCUGACGAGUUGUGAUUAGGCAGCAUGCAAAACUAAAUGUAUACUCUUGAAUAAUUUGUUAGGUAACCCAUGCUCAUAUUAUACCUGCGGUAUAGAAGAAUGAUGUGGUAUUAUAUUAAUGGUAAUUUUAAAAUGUAAAUUAUUAGUAUUCAUAGGUUAAAUCUCGUGGGUGUUACAACGGAGUGCAUUAAAUCUGCUGCUAGAGUAUAUAGUAUUUUCGAUGAAAUACCGACAUUGAGAAUGAUAAUUCGAAUUUGGUUCCAUAUGCAAUAAUUUCAUUGCUUUCAAAAAUGUGUGGCCUGUACAAUAGUAAAUGUAAUACAAAACAAGGGGAAUCUGAUCGAGAUUCUUUAAUGAGGUCUACUGCAUCAUUCUCCUGUCCUGAACGACUAUUUCUCAUGCCUCAAGAAGCUCAAAAAUGAUUCAUAAAUAACUAUAUCAUUAGUUUGCUUGUAUCGAACGUUAACUAAGAAGUUGCCCUGUAAUUUCAUUAUUUCAUUAUUAAUAUUCAUUCAUUAAAUUCAAGCCCAGAAUGUGCCCUGUAAAUUCAUUAUUUCUUCACCGGGAAUGUUUUCAACAAUGAUAUGUUGAAAUUGGUGGACGUAUUUUCCAACUUUUUUUUUUACUUUUUUUGCUUCUCCCUUCAUGACUCAUAAGUUGUAUUCAUAACAUAGGCGAAUCGAACAAUUGCUCCAAAAAGUAUCAUCGGAAUCGGCCUAGAAUCGUAGUUCCGCCCAGAAAUGAAAUAAAUUCCCUUUCAUGAAAAAUCAGGCAUAAGAUUCCAUUCCCCUAUGUAGAAUCAUUUCAUUUUUCACUUCAUUUAUGUUUUUAAUUCAAAUCGAUGUCAUAUUUUUACCGAUGUAUAUUAGAUACUCGUACGAAAAUAAUUUCUGGUUGCCAGAAAAUCUGUCGUAAAAGUGAUAGAAAGAGCUAUUGAUUUUCAGUUGAUUCAAAGGAAAAUAAAUUCUGCAACGUAGCCUCUAGGGAAGUUUUUGUUUAGGGUUAUAUUUUCUGCAUGCCUUUUUGAAAUGUUACUUUAAAUUUGUGUUUAUUAGUAGCAUACGAUUUCCUUUCGGAUACGUGGUUAAUAGAGGUAACGAAACGAGGAGGUAACUUUUUACUUGCGCCUGUAUUUCCGUACCUAAAAUAGCACCUCAAUGUUGCCAUCGGAGUGACUUGUGAUAUGAAAAGAGUUAUCGCUCUAUUGACUAGUUAGAAUUAAUAGCACCAGUACUAAGAAUUAUAUAUAUAUAUAUAUACACUGUAGACAGUAUAAAUCAGAACACUAAAAUUCUAAAAUUUUAUUGCUUAUAACUCACGUUGCAUUUCAUUUCUACUCAACAG